AUUGAUAAGCUCCGCUGUAACCGCCCGUCUUCCGCCUGCCGUCCUGGCGAACACACACACACACACACACACACCGCCGAGACUCCGCGCCGUGGAUCUCCCCGCACGAAGCCCCGCCGCCGCCGGCCGUGACCGCGGGCCGAGCCGACAGUCUUUUUCUCUCUCCUCAGAUCACCCCAUAACCAGCUUUCCAAAUGAGUGACGGGGAGUGUGACUUCUUCUGCUUCUUCCGCUGCUGCUGAGCGCGCAGAAGGCAGGGUGACCCAGAGGAGUGACACAGGCAGGUGGAAAGGUGGGCAGAGAGAAGCAGGAAGGCGUGUGCUUUAAACAAGUCAUUUCAGCCAAUCGGACCACUGUGAUCCGACAGGUAGGCAGGCAGUCUACCUGUGCGGGCGAUUGAUUAAGUCGACUGGAUGUCUGUGGACAUGAACAGCCAGGCAUCGGACAGCAAUGAGGAAGACUUCGGGGUGAACUCUGAAGAAGAAGAGGACGAUGAGGACGAUGGAGGAGAGGAGGACGACCAAGGCGACAUCGCAACCUACUACGAGGGCGUGGCCAGCGAUGUGGAGCAACAGGGCGCCGACUCCUUUGACCCCGAGGAGUACCUGUUCACUUGUCUGACCUACAAAGAGAGUCAACGGGUGCUGACGGAAGAGGUUAACACUGUGGCGGCUGCACUGAAGGUUUUGCCAGCAGUAGCAAAACUGAUCCUGGUGCAUCUUCACUGGCAGGUUUCACAAAUACUGGACAGAUAUAAGUCCAACUCGUCUCUGCUGUUGUCAGACGCUCUGGUCCAGCCCAGCAGCUCCUGCAGAUCAGUCACUGCCCUUCAGGCCCUCCAGUGUGGCGUGUGUCUAGAGGUCGUACGGAGAGACUCCCUGGUGGCACUUCCCUGUCAGCACUACUUCUGCAAAGAAUGCUGGGAGCAGCACUGCACUGUAUUGGUCAAAGACGGCAUUGGAGUGGGUAUCUCGUGUAUGGCUCAGGACUGUUCCCUGCAAAUGCCUGAAGACUUUGUCCUGCCACUUCUGCAAGGAGAGGAGCUGAAGGAUAAAUACAGACGCUACCUCUUCAGAGACUACGUCGAGAGUCACUUCCUGUUGCAGUUGUGUCCUGGUGCAGACUGUCCCAUUGUCAUCAAGGUGCAGGAGCCCCGGGCGCGCAGGGUGCAGUGUAGCCGCUGCAGUGAGGUCUUCUGUUUCAAAUGCCGUCAGAUGUACCAUGCACCCACAGACUGCGCAACAAUCCGAAAAUGGCUGAUCAAAUGUGCCGACGACUCAGAGACGGCCAACUACAUCAGCGCACACACUAAAGAUUGUCCUAAGUGCAAUAUCUGCAUUGAGAAGAAUGGAGGAUGCAAUCACAUGCAAUGCUCCAAGUGCAAACACGAUUUCUGCUGGAUGUGUCUUGGUGACUGGAAGACUCAUGGAAGUGAAUACUACGAGUGCAGCCGCUACAAAGAAAACCCCGACAUAGUCAACCAGAGCCAGCAGGCUCAGGCCAGAGAGGCCCUCAAGAAAUACCUCUUCUACUUUGAGAGGUGGGAGAAUCAUAACAAGUCUCUGCAGUUGGAGGCUCAGACGUACCAGAGAAUCCAGGAGAAGAUCCAGGAGAGAGUGAUGAACAACCUGGGAACCUGGAUCGACUGGCAGUACCUGCAUAACGCCGCGAAGCUACUGGCUAAGUGUCGCUACACGCUGCAGUAUACGUACCCCUACGCUUAUUACAUGGAGUCUGGCCCACGCAAAAAACUGUUUGAGUACCAGCAGGCUCAGCUGGAAGCAGAGAUAGAAAACCUGUCGUGGAAGGUGGAGCGAGCCGACACCUACGAGAGAGGAGUGGUGGGAGGCGAGGGCGAGCUCAGCGCCAGUGACAGAGGGGAUCUGGAGAAUCAGAUGCACAUUGCUGAGCAGAGGCGACGCACGCUGCUGAAGGAUUUCCACGACACCUGAAGCUCCACUGCGACUGCAAAGCACCAGCGUCUCCCUCCCUCCUUCUUUCCUUGCCUCCUACCUUUGCUUCUUUCAACGACCAUCGCUGGGUGCAGUCGUACUGACCCCUUCCUUUUCCUUCUUUACACUCGCUCAUUUUCUGCUCACUCUUCAUCUCUUCUCUCCUCUCACUCCUUUAAUGCUGCAGGGUCACAGAAUGGCACGAUUGUAUGUCCCCUUCUUGUUCUCAUCCUCACCUCAUUCACAUGUUUUGGCUUCAGAGCGACACUGCGGUUACACUCGCUGCAGCUUUUUCAGGACUGAUAAUGAAGGUGUUAAGGUCUUGCCAAGUUUUUUAUUAAGCAUUUAGACAUGGAUGUCUAAAUAUCCAAUAUCCUAAAAGCAACAUGAUGCCUGUUUAAAGAGUAUGAAAGUAGUGAGAGCUGUUGUGUUGAUCUGUCUCUAACAUUAUUCUUGUGGUGCUGGAAUAAUAAAUGGAGAGAAGCACUAGGAGAUAUUAAACUAAGAAUAAGAAUUGAGAAACUUUUGUUAAUGAGCAGAUGAAGAAGUUGUGUGAGAAGGAAUUUUUUUCUUUGAAGAGACUGAUUGUGGAUCUGCAUUUGGUGGUUUUAUUUUGACAAUGGUGACAGGUAGCAGGCACUCGUUGGUAGUUGUAACUGUAGCAUUUAAUUGAUUUGUCUGAAACCAUGCAAAGCUGAAAUUCCACAGAAUUUAAUUUCACUUUUUUCUCCGGAACUGUCAAGGGUUAGUUGAAAUAAUCGCACACAAAACGUGUCACUGCAACAAUAAUUUAUUUCUGCAUUGUUUCAUAAAAAGCACAUCUCCCCUCUUGGUUUGCUUCAGAGGCAAACCUCCCAUGUGUUCCAGACACUACCGAGAACAAAUAGCUGCCAGUCAUCAUUAGCUAAGUAAAACUACUGACUUACUCCCGUUUUCGUCUCUUCACGCUCUCCCACUGGAGCUUGAUCGUGAUAAGCUAAUGUUGGAAACAAGUGUGAGCUUCUCCGUAAACACCUCCACUGAUCAGAUAAUAAAUUGUGACGCAUUAAGUGUAAUCUCAGCCUUUCACUAAACUCACACUACAGCCACACACACACACACACACACACACACAGCAUGCACAUAUCCAUACACACACACACACACACGCUCAAACACUCCACUGCAGAACAAACCCAUCACCUGUUAAUUUGCCUCCUUCCCCCCAUCUCAUGCUCUCUUGUCUUUCCUUACACCCAUCACUUUAUUUUCUCUUUUUUCCCUGCUCAUGUUGUUCACUUUUCUUCUGGAAAAUGGCUGUUGAUAGGUAGAUCGUUAAAAAAAAACAAAGAAAAAACAAAAAAUUGCUGUAAUUUUCAACGGUUGUACAUUAAUACAGAAAUAGAGUUACUGAGAGUUUUUAAAACCGGA